AUGUCUGGAAACGCUAAACGAGGUGGUAGAGGUGGUAGACAAACACGUAGCUCAAGCCGUAAUUCCCAAGCAGGUGGAAGUAGGCCAACUAGUCCUGAAAACCAGUUCACCUUCAGUGCACCGAAGGAAAAUGCUUCUCAUCACGAGAGUAUUUGGAAAACGUAUCAAAAGAAGCCGCAACCAACUUCUGAUAAAAAAAUAACAGAGGCCAUGGAAACUGAACGUGCUAUGGAUAUGGAAAAAAAUAUUGUUCAAGAUACUUAUGGCCCAAACUCCAAAACUCCUUCUGGUAUAGACAAAGGGAAAGCUACUGAAAAGUCCAAGGUGGUCGCGAAAGAUUUGUCACGUGACCCUCCCUUACCUCCGCAGAAUAUUGUAAACAACGUAAAUGGAACCAAUAAAAUUCCGACCCUUAACAAAGAAAUUCCUUCAACUCCUCAUAAGGAUCAACAACAAUCUGUUGUUUUGCCUAAUCAGGAUAAGAUUAAUCUGCAAGCCGAUCAAGGGUCCCAGCCCAUGGAUGUCGAUCCUAGUAAUUCAAACAAAGACCCGUCGAUCAUUACUAUUGAAAAGGUUAAGGAGCACAUUGCAAUCGUCCCUUAUGGUGAACUUCUUGGGGGAAAAACUACAAAACUUACUAAAAUUAAAAAGGCUUUGAAGACGUAUAAUAUCCAAUACAACACACAAUUACCUAUCGUUCAACUUAGUAAACAAGGGGCAAAGGUAUCGUUUUUGGAUAAAGAAAAAUUUGACCAAUUUCUUAAAAUGGAAAUUAUUAUUCAGGAGCAAAAAGAAGGUGAUUCAGGUGAAGUGUUUAAUGUGAAACUUCAACCUACCCCAUUGAAGCCUGAGAAGGUGCCUGCUACAAAUGAUAAGAAUAGUGAUACGUCACAAAAUUCCAAUAGUCGUACAAUUCAAGUAAUCGACAUUACUGCGUAUAGGCAGGUACGCAAAAUUCGUGAGUCCUUUGAAGAUCUUGGCGAAAUUGAAAAAAUUUAUACACGAGGUGCUGGUCUUUACCAAGUUGCUUUCAUUACGUAUAAAGAUGCGAAUUCUAUUGAUUAUUUCAAUGAACAAUGGAGCUAUCAUAUUAAUAAAGACAUAGUUAGAGUUUUACCCCUGUUAUUGAGCAAGGAGGAACGUGAGAAAAGGAAGCAAUUCUCGUUAAGAUUAUCAGGAUUACAUUAUCAAACUAGUGGUUAUGAUCUUAAGGAAGUCAUGACACAAUGUAAAGGGAAAACUUGUUUCAUCCCAGCUGUUAUGAUUCGAGGUAAAUAUCAAAGAUGUCGCUACGCUUACAUUCAUUUUUCUUCACAAGAUGAUUUGGUGGCAGCCAGACAAAUGAAAAUUGAAUUCAAAAAGGGUAACGCAGGUACUCGACAAUUAUACUGGAGUAAAGAGGAAGAUCGCAUUUGUAAUAUUUGCGGUAAUCCCACUCAUAUGGCCAAAGACUGUACUAACAAAGAUAUUAACAAAUCUCAAUCUAAACGUUUUGUUAGUGGCGCUGAUAAUUGGAAAAAUUUGAAAAAGUCGUAUGCAGAUGCGGCUAAAUCUAAACAAAAGCCCAGAAAUAGUUCUAAAUCUAAUAAUAAUAUUCCAUCUGGAUCACGUGAUCAAGGAAAAGCUCGCAGCAAUCAUGAAAAUGAUGAUGACGAUAGUGAAGAUUUCAAUAAUCAUCCGAUGUUUUUAAAAUUCAAGGAACAAAUUAUUGCCACUAUAAGAAAGGUGGAAGACAAAAUGCUUAAAAUGGAAUCACUCAUUGGUGACACUGGCAAGCAAAUUAGUGAAGUUGUUACUGCACAACAAGCGCUUAAAU